AUGGAGACCUGUGCAAGCCCCGCAGUUACUGGCGUGCGCGACCUCCCAGCCGUCGGGAGCACGCGCACGCACACCGGACGGUCCCCUCCUCGAUCCCCGCGCUCCGCCACUGGUUGGCCCGCCGCGCGCCCAGCGCCCAGUUCCUCUGGUUUCGACCUGCGGUUUGCGCAGGAGGCGUUGAGAGAGACCAACGGCGCGGGCUCACGGUGCAGGGCGUUCGUCGGAGACUGUGGGGAGUGCAGCGGGGCCGCCGGGUCCUCGCCUGGGCCGCAGCGGCAGCUGUUGGGCCCCCCGCCCCGGCCGGCGGCCCGAGGAGCGCAGGAAGGGGGCCGGGGGGACCCGCCCCCGGCCGCAGCCCUGAAUUCCAACGUGGAGAACCUGCCUCCCCAUAUCAUCCGCCUAGUGUACAAGGAGGUGACCACGCUGACCACCGACCCGCCCGAUGGCAUCAAAGUCUUUCCCAACGAGGAGGACCUCACUGACCUGCAGGUCACCAUUGAGGGCCCUGAGGGCACCCCGUAUGCGGGGGGCUUGUUCCGCAUGAAGCUCCUGCUGGGGAAGGACUUCCCCGCCUCCCCACCCAAGGGCUACUUCCUGACCAAGAUCUUCCACCCCAAUGUGGGCGCCAACGGUGAGAUCUGCGUCAACGUGCUCAAGAGGGACUGGACGGCCGAGCUGGGCAUCCGUCACGUGCUGCUGACCAUCAAGUGCCUGCUGAUCCACCCCAACCCCGAGUCAGCCCUCAACGAGGAGGCCGGCCGCCUGCUGCUGGAGAACUACGAGGAGUAUGCGGCACGCGCACGCCUGCUCACCGAGAUCCACGGCUGUGCCGGGCCCAGUGCAGGGAGGGCGGAGGCCGGCCGGACCCUGCCCAGCGCUGCCCCUGCCGGGGCCUCCGCUGCUGACCCCGCAGCCCCUGGAGGCCUGGGUGGGGCUGAGGGCCCCCUGGCUAAGAAGCACGCUGGAGAGCGGGAGAAGAAGCUGGCGGCCAGGAAGAAGCCGGACAAGAAGCGGGCACUCCGGCGGCUGUAGGGGGCCCUCUGCUCUGGCUCUAAGUUAUUUAAAUUAUGGUUGGGGGGAUGGGUGGGGCACCGGGCCUGGACUUGUUUUUCUAAAUAAAGUUGGAAAAGCAGCGCCU